ACACGUGACGUCGCUUCCUCUCUCCAACAUGGCGCAGGAGGCAGGUCGCUAAUGGAAGUCUGAGGGAUUUACCCCACCUUGUGUGUGUUUAUUUAUGUGUGUGUGUUCGGGUCUGCGCGGCGGCUGACAUUUGUGAAGCGGGGAUACAUCUGUGUUCGCAGCGGCUGCAGCAGCCCUCACCCCUCCCUCACACCCCCCUCUCCCUCUCGUGGGACCAGGCUCACACACACACACACCUCGCCCCAAAUUCCGGUGCGACAUGUUUGAGGGCAAAAAGACGAAAAACAUGUUCCUGACACGGGCUUUGGAAAAGAUCCUGGCGGACAAGGAGGUGAAAAAGGCGCACCACUCUCAACUGCGCAAAGCCUGCGAGGUGGCACUGGAGGAAAUCAAAGAAGAGUCGGAGAAGUUAAGUCCACCCAGUGGAGACGGCAAAUCUGGUUCCAGCACUUUACCUCCAAUCAAAUCAAAGACCACCUUCAUUGAAGCCGACAAGUACUUCUUGCCUUUUGAGCUGGCAUGUCAGUCCAAAUGUCCCCGCAUUGUCAUCACCUCACUCGACUGUUUACAGAAACUGAUAGCGUACGGCCACCUGACGGGCAGCGCCCCGGACAAUGCGGCCCCGGGCAAGAAGCUCAUCGACCGGAUCAUCGAGACCAUCUGUGCUUGUUUCCAAGGGCCGCAGACUGACGAGGGCGUCCAGCUACAGAUUAUUAAGGCUCUGCUGACCGCAGUCACCUCCCAGCACAUAGAAAUCCACGAGGGCACCGUCCUGCAGGCGGUCCGCACAUGCUAUAACAUCUACCUGGCCAGCAAGAACCUCAUCAACCAGACCACGGCGAAGGCCACGCUCACGCAGAUGCUCAACGUCAUCUUCGCACGCAUGGAGAAUCAAGCACUUACAAAUCACAAGCUAUCUUGGUCUCUGGCCUCCAGAAAGCGUGAUCGCCAGCUGCAGGAAGCGAAGCAGCUGGAGAGAGAGCGGCACCGGCAGCACUCCCCGGUCGCCCAGCACACCGAGCCAGACUCCCCCCAGCUCCAGACUCACAUCCACCCACAGGCCAAGGGUUCGAGCGGCCAGGAGGCCAACGGUCCCGUGAGUCCUCCGACUCCCAGCAUCAACAUCCCAUCCACGCCGUCCACCCCCUCGACACCGGCACCGGAGGGCGGCAGCAACAGCAGCAGGUCUGUGUCUGUGGAGCAGGAGGAGCAGGGAGAGCAGGGGCCGGCCUUUGAAAGCCCGGAUCCAGAGAACGGUUCUGACUUCUGCGUGGCUGAAAACGAGCAGACUGAGGCCGACCAAGCUACCGCAGCAGCUCAGAACGCAGCAGCUCAGCAGCAUCAGGAGGCAGGAGGCGGGCGUGACGAGGAGGAGCAGGGUCCAAACUACGAGGAGAAGGCACAGGAAAUUGUGCAGAGCAUCUUGCAGGAGGUCGUCAAUACUGUUGCAGGAGGACACUGCCUGGACCCUGCAAACCUCUGCUCCGACACCAAGGAGUCUGGUGGCGAGGGCGAAGGCGAGCCGGCGGAGUCAGAGGCGGCCGAAGCGGUGACGGAGGGAACCCAGAGCUCCCUCGAUGACGAGGGCACGCUGGGUAGUGACAGCGAGCACGUCCACGCUAACGGGAUCCCCGGCACGCCCAUUUCUGCCAGUUUCACUCCCUCGCUGCCUGAUGACAGACUGUCUGUCUCCUCUAAUGACACUCAGGAAUCAGGAGCAGCGCCCGGGCAGCCACCAGGUGCUAAAUUCUCCCACAUCCUCCAGAAAGACGCCUUCCUGGUCUUUCGCUCACUCUGCAAGCUGUCGAUGAAGCCACUGUCAGAUGGACCACCUGAUCCCAAGUCCCACGAGCUGCGGUCGAAGGUCCUGUCCCUGCAGCUGCUGCUGUCCAUCCUGCAGAACGCCGGGCCCAUCUUCAAGACCAACGAGAUGUUCAUCAACGCCAUCAAGCAGUACCUGUGUGUGGCCCUGUCUAAGAACGGCGUCUCCUCUGUGCCCGAGGUGUUCGAGCUGUCGCUGUCCAUUUUCCUCACGCUGCUCUCCCACUUCAAGACGCACCUGAAGAUGCAAAUUGAGGUUUUCUUCAAGGAGAUUUUCCUGUACAUUCUUGAAACGUCCACAAGCUCCUAUGACCACAAGUGGAUGGUCAUACAAACCCUCACCAGAAUAUGUGCAGAUGCCCAGAGUGUGGUGGACAUCUACGUGAACUAUGACUGUGACUUGAAUGCUGCUAACAUAUUCGAGCGCCUCGUCAACGACCUCUCGAAGAUCGCGCAGGGUCGCGGCGGCCACGAGCUCGGCACGACACCGCUGCAGGAGCUGACCCUGCGAAAGAAGGGCCUUGAAUGUCUAGUGUCCAUCCUGAAAUGUAUGGUUGAGUGGAGCAAGGACCAAUACGUCAACCCCAACUCCCAGACGAGCCUCGGCCAAGAGAAACCGUCGGAGCAGGACAGCACAGAGACCAAAGCCCCUGAAACCAUAAAUCGCUAUGGCAGCAUUAACUCGCUGGACUCCACAGCCUCAUCUGGCAUUGGGAGCUACAGCACCCAAAUGUCAGGUACCGACAACCCCGAGCAGUUCGAGGUCCUCAAGCAGCAGAAGGAGAUCAUCGAGCAGGGAAUUGACCUGUUUAACAAGAAACCAAAGAGGGGAAUCCAGUACCUACAGGAGCAAGGCAUGCUGGGUACAACCCCAGAGGACCUUGCGCAGUUCUUGCACCAAGAAGAAAGGCUUGAUUCGACCCAAGUGGGAGAGUUCCUCGGCGAUAAUGACCGCUUCAACAAAGAGGUGAUGUACGCCUACGUGGAUCAAAUGGACUUCCUCGGCAAAGACUUUGUCUCUGCGCUGAGGAUGUUCUUGGAGGGCUUCCGGCUCCCUGGGGAGGCGCAGAAGAUUGACCGGCUCAUGGAGAAAUUCGCAGCGAGAUAUCUGGAGUGCAAUCAGGGCCAAACGCUCUUUGCCAGCGCUGACACCGCGUACGUCCUUGCCUACUCGAUCAUUAUGUUGACAACAGACCUUCACAGUCCUCAGGUGAAGAAUAAAAUGACAAAAGAGCAAUACAUCAAGAUGAACCGCGGCAUCAACGACAGCAAAGACCUGCCCGAGGAGAAUCUCUCGGCCAUCUAUGACGAGAUCGCGGGGAAAAAGAUUGCCAUGAAGGAGACGAAAGAGCUCACGAUGAAAUCCAACAAGCAGAGUGUGGCCAGCGAGAAGCAGAGGCGUCUGCUGUACAACGUGGAGAUGGAGCAGAUGGCCAAGACGGCCAAAGCCCUAAUGGAGGCCGUCAGCCACGUCCAGGCUCCCUUCACCAGCGCCACACAUCUGGAGCACGUCAGGCCCAUGUUUAAGCUGGCAUGGACGCCCUUCCUGGCCGCCUUCAGCGUGGGUCUCCAGGACUGCGACGACACCGAGGUGGCCUCUCUGUGCCUGGAAGGCAUCCGCUGUGCCAUCAGGAUAGCGUGCAUCUUCUCCAUCCAGCUGGAGAGGGACGCGUACGUCCAGGCCCUGGCGAGGUUCACUCUGCUCACGGCCAGCUCUGGCAUUGCAGAAAUGAAGCAGAAGAACAUCGACACCAUCAAGACCCUCAUCACUGUGGCCCACACGGACGGCAACUACCUGGGCAACUCCUGGCAUGAAAUCAUGAAGUGCAUCAGUCAGUUGGAGCUGGCUCAGCUGAUCGGCACGGGCGUGAAGGCGCGCUACAUCUCAGGGACGGUGCGAGGCAGAGAGGGCUUUCUGGCAAGCACCAAGGAGCAGAGCAGCGACGAGUACCUUGGUUUAGUUGGAGGCACAGUGGACCGUAAGCAGAUUGCCAGCAUUCAGGAAUCCAUCGGCGAGACGAGCUCUCAGAGUGUGGUGGUAGCUGUCGACAGGAUAUUCACAGGCUCCACCAGACUGGAUGGUAACGCAAUAGUUGACUUUGUGCGCUGGCUGUGCGCCGUGUCCAUGGAUGAGCUGGCCUCGCCCACGCACCCGCGAAUGUUCAGCCUGCAGAAGAUAGUCGAGAUCUCCUACUACAACAUGGGCCGCAUCAGGCUGCAGUGGUCCAGGAUCUGGGAGGUGAUAGGAGACCAUUUCAACAAGGUUGGCUGUAAUUCCAAUGAAGACGUGGCCAUUUUUGCCGUGGACUCUCUCAGGCAACUGUCCAUGAAGUUUUUGGAGAAGGGCGAGUUGGCCAACUUCAGGUUCCAGAAAGACUUCCUGAGGCCUUUUGAGCACAUUAUGAAGAAGAACAGGUCUCCCACCAUCAGAGACAUGGUCGUGCGCUGCAUCGCCCAGAUGGUCAACUCCCAGGCGGCAAACAUCCGCUCGGGCUGGAAGAACAUCUUCUCCGUCUUCCACCUGGCUGCGUCGGACCAGGACGAGAGCAUCGUGGAGCUGGCUUUUCAGACCACCGGCCACAUCGUCACGAAUGUAUUUGAAAAGCACUUUGCGGCCACCAUCGACUCCUUCCAGGAUGCUGUUAAGUGUCUGUCAGAGUUCGCCUGUAACGCCUCCUUCCCAGACACCAGCAUGGAAGCCAUCCGCCUCAUCCGACACUGCGCCAAAUACGUCUCAGAGAGGCCACAGGCUUUCAAAGACUACACCAGUGAUGACAUGAAUGUAGCGCCCGAGGACCGCGUGUGGGUGCGAGGCUGGUUCCCCAUUCUCUUCGAGCUCUCCUGCAUCAUCAACAGGUGUAAGCUGGACGUCAGGACGAGGGGCCUGACGGUGAUGUUUGAAGUCAUGAAAACCUACGGUCACACCUUUGAGAAGCACUGGUGGCAAGAUCUGUUCCGAAUCGUCUUCAGGAUCUUUGACAACAUGAAGCUGCCCGAGCAGCAGACUGAGAAAGCGGAGUGGAUGACCACCACCUGCAACCAUGCACUUUAUGCCAUCUGUGAUGUCUUCACCCAAUACUUUGAGUCCCUCAGUGACGUCCUGCUGGACGACAUUCUGGCUCAGCUCUACUGGUGUGUGCAGCAAGAUAAUGAGCAGCUCGCUCGCUCGGGCACCAACUGUCUAGAGAACGUGGUGAUCCUGAACGGAGAGAAGUUUUCCCCCGAGACGUGGGACAAGAUCUGUAACUGCAUGCUGGACAUCUUCAAGACCACCAUCCCGCACUCGCUGUUGACAUGGAGACCAGAAGGAGAACACUCGACAACACAGAGCCUGUCAGACAAACACUUGGACUCCGUCUCCCAGAAGUCUGUGGACAUCCAGUCGCGCUCCGACGACCAACAUUCCAUCAGCAGCGCUGACAGAGUCGCCGCCGAGAACCGCUGGCAGAGUCCGUACAGCACGGCCUCAGGCACGUACGAGGACAACUCCCGGAGCAGGACCCCUUCAAAAAUCCAGGAGCAGCGUCUGUUCUCGGCCUUGCUGAUCAAGUGCGUCGUGCAGCUGGAGCUCAUCCAGACGAUCGAUAACAUCGUGUUUUUUCCUGCCACCAGUAAGAAGGAGGACGCCGAGAACUUUGCUGCGGCUCAGCGGGACGCCGCGUGUGCCGCAGAAGUCCCCGUGGAGAAGCAGGACCAGGGCAUGUAUCGCUACCUGACCUCUGAGCAGCUCCUGAAGCUGCUCGACUGCCUGCUGGAGUCGCACCACUUCGCUAAAGCGUUCAACUCCAACAACGAGCAGAGGACUCUACUGUGGAAAGCAGGUUUUAAAGGGAAGUCAAAACCCAACCUGUUGAAGCAGGAGACCAGCAGUUUGGCCUGUGGCCUGCGAAUCCUGUUCCGCAUGUAUGUGGACGAGAGCCGCCGCGACGCCUGGGCGGAGGUGCAGAGACGACUUCUCAAUGUGUGCAGUGAGGCUGUGGCGUAUUUCUUGACUCUGACCUCAGAGAGUCACAGAGAAGCCUGGACCAACCUGCUGCUGCUCUUCCUCACCAAGGUGCUAAAGAUCAGCGAUGACAGGUUCAAGGCCCACGCGUCCAGAUAUUACCCCCUGCUGUGUGAGAUCAUGCAGUUUGACCUGAUCCCAGAGCUGCGGGCCGUCCUCAGGAAGUUCUACCUGCGGAUCGGCCUGGUCUUCAACAUUGCACAGCUGCCCGAGCCUGAACCGGAGCCUCAGCCGCGUCCACGUGGAGGUCAAGAGACGGACACGGAGGUGGGAGAGGAGGCUGGCGAGGAGGCGCAGUGACGGAGCUCUGCGUCACCUCAGCAGCCUUCACGUGGUUUUUCUAUCAAACACUUUGGCCUAAAGUAGCUGAUUCGCUAUUUGCUACCACCCACCCACACCCUUAACCCACUCGUCCUCCACCACCACCCGUACACAAACACGCCUACGAGCCCAGAUGGAGUCGUGGAAAUCACGAUACAUUAAAAAAACAGUUACCGUCUUUGUACGAGGUGUAGCGAAGCCUCCACUGGAUAAAAAAAACUACUGAUUAACGACUGUCUCAUAUCUGUGAUCUGCUCAGACGGAACAUGUUUUCGACGGCGUGUGCUUCUUACUGUAUAUUUAAAAACAACGUAAAGGAACGAGCGGUUUCGACGGAGUGUGACCAACGCAGAUCGACAGUAACGAUGUUGUCUGUCUGCACCUCAGAUGGCUAAUAUUAGUAUCCACAUCCUCCUUGGAUGAAACUAGUUGUACAGAUCUGCCGCUGUGUAACAUAAUCUUAUAACACUAGAUUAUUUUCAUUUAUUUUUGUUUGUUUUUCUUCCUCUGAUGGAUUCAGCUGCACUUGAUCUCUUUUUCUUUUCUUUUUUUUUUAAAUGCACUGGAGAUUUUACUUUUGUGAUAAUUUAUUUUGACUUGUACUAUCUCCUGAAGAUUGUCCGACACAGUACGAUUUGUAUUUGACCAUUAAAAAAAACAAACAGAAAAACAACAAAGUGAAGGGGUUCAAUUAAAUUAUUCCAUUUUAUAUGUUCUUAGGUUUGUAGACGGAGGUCGAUGAUUAACUGGGCAUCUGAAAACUGGAAAACAAGAGAGAGCAACGUGAUGCUUGCUGCUUUUUAAGUCACUCGUCUGUUUUUCAUUGUUCUUGAGUUUAGUUUUCACUCUUGUGCACAAAAAUCAAAAGUUAAUAAUAAUAUAUUUAAUGUUUGUUUUUGUUUUUCCUUUUGGUUUUGGGGGAACGUUGUGUGUGUGUGUGUGCGUGUGUGUAUAGAGAAAAUGACAACAAACGUUAGCUGUGCUUUAAGUACGAAUGGGACGCGUUCCUGCUCAUGGAUGUAGAAAACAAAAAUGUAUAUGAUACAGCAAUGUAAAGUUUUCUAUGUUGCAAAAAAAACAAAAAAAAGGAUUAUGUACAACUUUCUGUACGAUACAUCAUCUGGCAUUCUAAUCAGGUUCUAGGUCAAUAAAGUUUUUGAACUUGGUUGAUUUGAAAUGAUAAAUAA